CACAACACCGGCAACGUUUUGUGGAGGAGCCUCAUCUCUCUUGUCUUGCCUCAAUCUGUCAACACCACCGUCACUCCUCACCAGUAAACACACCACCAAGAUUUUCACACCACCACAUUUGACACACCCACGUUUCCUUUUCUCCGCGACCUUCCCACACGAUUGUACGAAUAUCAAGCGUCCAUUGCCAGCACCAAACUCUUGACGUUUACCUACUCUCCCCUUAACCAAAUACAACAACAACAACAGCAACAACAAUCACAAUGUCCGCCGCUGCUGCUCCCACAACGGCCACUCCCCCUGUGGCCUUCAACCGCCUAAAGCAGAUUGCUACUGACGCAUGUCAAUCAGCAAUUGGCUCCGCCGAGUUCUACGACCACGCUAAGACCGAGGCAUGGAACUCACAGAUCAUCUCCUCCGUUCUGAAGGCGGUCAUUUCUGAGUCAACGCCCCAAGGCGGCUCUGCUCCCUCCUACAAGUUCGCUUGCAACUCCACCAUCGUCCAGCACCUGGUUCCUACCUCUUCCCUCAACAAGUCUAAGGGAACUUCAGCCUCCACGGAGGAGCCUUCUGUCUCCACGAGCGCCGACCCCGCGACUGCCACCGAUGGCAAGCCCCACGUUGGCCGUCGCGGCAUGCACUCCGCCACCGGUGCAUACUGGGAUGAGAAGAAGGACGGCAUGUGGUCCUACAAGUACGACGGUGGUGAGGGCAAGGGCAUGGACGUCGUUAUCAUGCUCAUCUGGGUCGCCAUCUAGAAGCCGGUGGAGCGAGAUUCGCACGUCACAGGCGGGAAAGGGGAACCAUCAAACCAGCAUGCAGAGGUUUGCCAUUCGUGCCCCUCUGUCCUCCGUCAACGGCUCGCCGAAACCUUCCACGCGGAU